UUUCCAUACACGAGAUUUCUGAGAUUCGGCGCGGUUGCAAGCACAAGGAUUUUAGUACUACCAGUGCGGCGGAAAUCAUCACAGGCAAAGAGAGCCUGUGCUUCACAAUCCUCUACGGCAAACAGUUCAGACUGAAGUCGCUGUCGCUGGUGGCGCGUAAUGAAGUGGCGUUCUCGCGGUGGGUCAAUGGAUUGGACGAGAUAGUCAACGCACGUCACACAUUGCCGACACUAGCCACAACCGACAGCAACACAUACACCAACCAACGCACACUCAAGGGAUGGCCCACCGACGCAGACCCAGAGAUCUUCUACACCCCCGAUGGCAUGUCCAACCAGUAUUUAGAAGCAGGGUUCCGGAAUUUCAAGAAGGAGUACAUCAAUAUGAAAGACUUUCAGAACUUCCUGCGGUCGAGCGGGUUAAAAGCCGAGCGGCAUUACGUGAAGCGUUUGUUCGAGACCGUGGUGGGCGACAGUCCGAUUGUGAACAAGGAGGGCUUCAAGAAUUUGUACCGAGCAGUUCUUAAGCAACCGUCAGUCGCAGCGCUGUUUGACCUCAACGCCCGCGCAGACGGGCACAUGACAGUCGAAAAUCUGCAAAAGUUUAUCAUGGACACACAACACGAAGACAGGGCCAGCGACACAGCAUACGUCACACGCAUCAUGCAGACCUAUCUCAAGCCAGGCAGGACGGGUCAUGAGCUGUACUGGACGGUGGAUGAGUUUGUGGACUAUCUGUACAGUCCCUACAACGACGUGUACGACGCAACCGCGGAUGUACCAGACGACAUGCAGAAACCGCUGAGUCAGUACCUCAUCUCAUCAUCACACAACACGUAUCUGAUGGGGGACCAGUUGCGCAGUGAGUCGUCGACUGAAGCUUACAUCCGCUGCUUACGAAUGAACGCACGCUGUCUGGAAUUGGACACGUGGGACGGCAGCAAUGGCGAACCAAUCAUCACCCACGGCAACACGCUGUGCACAUCAGUCCCCUUUAGAGACGUUGUGGAGGCUAUCAUGGAUCAUGCAUGGGAUGUGUCUGACUAUCCGCUGGUGCUGUCGCUGGAGAACCACUGCAGCCCACCCUGCCAGCAGAUUAUGGCGGAUGUCUUCAGAGAGGUCAUGGGCGAUACCAUUCAUAUGGAGGUGUUGGACCCAACUCCUGGGGCUGUCCUGCCGUCGCCUAGUCAAUUCAAGCGCAAGAUCCUGCUGAAGGACAAAAAGAACUAUGAUCCGGUGUAUGAGGGAGGUCUGUUGGGUGAUACCGUUAGCCCUUUGACCAACAUAUUGGGGUCGCUCAUGAGCAGAGACUCUAUUGAGGGCAGCAACGACACAGACGUCGGUGAUCUCAAGAACGGUCAUCUGUACAUGAAGUUUGGCGACCAGGACUUUAUGCUGUACUACUUUGUGAUCCACCCCACGUACAUUGAGUAUGUAGAUGUGGACACGGGCAACAACGACAACGACGAGGACGAUGACAACGACGACAUCAUGGACGGCAAGGAAGACUUCUGGGGCGAAACAUGGUUUCAUCCCAAUGAGUGUGGACGAACGGAAGCCCAUGCCAUACUGCGCAAAGCAAAUGUCCACGGCGCAUUCUUAGUCAGAACACGCAAUACAUACCCUUACUACGCUCUCUCAUACUGGGACCAACUCAACCUCGACCAGCACGUGCUGCUGCGCACGUCGCCUGACAAUGAAGAGGGUAAGAAGGAGUACUGGUUGGUAGACACCCCUCGCUUCACCAGCAUGCUGGACCUCAUUGAGUUCUAUCAAAACAACACCCUGCUCACAGCCGAUGGCGAUGAGAUGGUCCUCACCAGACCACUGGGAGCGGUGCCUGUACUGACCAACGAGCAAGGGAUCUCACUAUAUGACUGGUACGACCCAACUAUGGCCAAAGAACAAGCAGAGUACCAUCUCAAACGCACCGUCAAGGAUGGCAGCUUCCUCGUCAGAAAAGCCACAGACGACGCCAACGCAUACACCAUCUCAUUCAGGGCCGGUCGGGGCAUCAAGCACUGUCGGUUGCAACGCGAAGGGCGGUUCUUUGUGGUGGCACCUGGUCUAAGGCGAUUUGAUACCAUUCCCGAUCUCAUCGAAUACUACCAACGCCAUGUGCUCUACCGCAAAACUAAACUCACCAAAGCCGUUAAUAAGAUGUCUGCGCAAGCGGCGGGGGCGGAAGUGUCGAAAGAGCUGUACAUGCAGACAUACUGCGACACCAAUUACGUCGACAUCAACCAGGACGGCGCUACGCCCAUGUACGAAGUUGUGCGAGCCAAGUACGACUAUGAGUCCGACGACAAAAAGAAAAUCUCAUUCACCAAGGGCACCAUGAUCAGGGUGGUGUCUAAGGACGAUGGUCUGUGGUGGAGAGGCGAGUGUCCUGGUGGCAUAGAGGGUCUGUUCCCAUCGACUUAUGUGGAACCUGUGGUGGAAGACAAGGGCGAUGUGCUGAUACAAGGUGACGACGGUGAACCAGUGGCCAGGCGGAUAAUGCUCAACGAGAAGAUCAAAGUCAGCAAACUCUCACCCACGCACUUCAGCAUAGAGACGCCUACCAACGACACAUUUGUCAUAGCAACCGCACCCACAGACGACGGAGCAGGUGCACCCCCAGACAGUGAAGCACAGAUAGACACGUGGGUGGAAAGCAUCAACAAGCACACCAAACCGGCUCAAGCACUGCUGCACGAGGUACGCUAG